AGAAAAUAAAGCCCUGGUUUUGGAAAAAUGCCCCCUUCUCCCCUCACUCUUCAAUAGCUUAUGUUGGUGUUGCUGUGGAGGCUGACUGACCCUGAGGCUCGUUGUAAACCGCCUCUGCAAAAACAAAGGAAGAAUGGAUUCGACAAAGGUUCGUGAGUCAUCAUUUUUGGAUGGGUAGGAGCUGCACUUGUAAUUUAUCUCAGCCUGGAAACUGAUGCUGAUGUAGUAAAGCAUGAAAGGAAGACACCUUGUCUCUGUCUCUAUUGGGAUGCCUGUUCCAACAGCAGUGAUUGGCUGGGGGAGUUUUGCAUUUUGAAAUGCAUACCCAAAUGCAUGAGGAUUGAGGCCUGUUGUAGAGCUGAUGGAUUGAAAAUAUCACAUUCGAUCCUAUGCCAUGUGUGCUCCCAGCAUAACUUUAACUUAGUUGUGUUCUGAAGAGGUUGUGUUUCAUCAUUUUAUAGUUACUAUCAAUUGAAAAAAAGGUUCCAUCUAAUAAAACUCAUGUCAAGACCUCAGGUCAGAAUUUUCUUCUUGAAAGACUUAAGUAAUAAAGGCCAAGAAAUCCAUUGCAUUCCUGCUCUACUCUAGAAGAGCAGAGGAGUGCAAAAAGGAGAAAGCCUACUGUAGAAUCUAAAGGGCACGGCCGAAAGAGUUGUGCAAGUGGUGUGAAGGAGACUGUGCUAGAAACACAGAGGCAGUGCUUGCCAUAGAAUCAGGACUUGAAAAAGAAUGAAGGGAAGUCAUCAUGGUGAUUGCUGGGGAUGAGAACACAUCAGUCAGAAGGCUGAAUCCUAGUGAUGAAGUUCAAAAGGACCUUUAGCCUUGACAGGUUAGAAGUAAAAGAACAGAUGGCAAGCCAAAAAGUGACUUGGAGGGGCAGAUACAAGUAUCUGAGUAGACACAAACUCUUCAACCUGGUAGAGAGACUGUGGAGAUUAGAUAUGAUAGAAAUCAGCAAAAUCAUGACUGGCACAGAGAAGAUUAGUAGCCACUGCUUUUUCUUUCAACAAUUCUUCCAAAAUAAAAAUGAGGGGACAAGCAAUGGAACUGAAGUCUAAAAACCAAAGUGGUUCUUUGCAUAAGAUACAUCCGAGGACUCCCACUGGGUUAAAAUUUACGUGAGUUAAAAGAGUGACUGGAUAGGUUUGUCGAAGAGGGACCUUUUGAAUGUUGCCAAAUACAUAGAAACUGCUGGAAAUAGCCAGAGCUGAAAGUAGUGGAAGGCCAUGGGAUUGUUGAGGGGGAAUAUCUUACAGGCUGUUAUACUUUAGCACUGAUAUUUGUGGCUGAACUUACAGAUUAAAGUAGUGAGUGGUAGAAAAGUGACUGUUUAACCUAUUUUUCAGUAAGGGCAUGCUACUCUGGGAACAGCGUAUUUGGAAUGAUGUGCUUUAUGAAACAAAAAAGCACUGCAGUAAAAAUGUUCAAAAGUGCAAUCUCCAAUGGUUUUGUUUUCAUACUGUCUUCACAGGAAUCUCAUGAUCAUGUUCUUUUGGAUAUUCCUGUCACUAGAGAGCAGUUGAAUCACUAUCGAGCUGCAGCUGAAGCUGCUCAAAGUGAACUUGCAGCACUUUCAGUGAAGUAUGAUUGUGUCGAGUCACAGCUUCUUGAACUCAGGUCCAGCAUAAUCUCUAAAGAAGCUUCUUUUCAAGAGCUGAAGGCUGAAGCUGAAAGCUAUAAGGAAAACAAUGCUAGACAGAAAUCUCGCCUCCUGUCUUUGCAAACACGAAUCCAGGAGAUGGAGGAAGAGCUGUGUGUGCUUGCCACUUCUAAAAACCAGGCUGAGCUGACAGCUCAGGUGGCAUAUAAGGAAAACUGGGAGCUGAAGGAGGAACUGCACAAUCAAAAUACCAAACUUAAUAAAUAUUGGAAUAAAAGUGAAGAAAACAUGACUCAAGCUUCUAAAAUCAGCAGGAAGUAUGAAGAGCUCCUUACACAGCUUUCUGGAUUCUUGGACACAGACAUCAGAGAAAAAGAGAAACCACAAGAACAUUUAAUGUCGAAGGUUUCUGAAAUAUGUAAAGAAAAUCUGACACUAAAAGACCGGGUUGCUGCUCUUCAAGAAGCUGUGAAUGUCCAUGAGAUGGAGUCUAAAGCUAGCAGAGAAACUAUCAUGAGGCUAGUUUCAGAAGUGACAAAGGAGCAAAAAAAGGUGGCAGGAUACUAUCAAGACAUGGAAAAACUUAGUAAGGAUCUUGACAGCGCUAUAAUAGAGAGACAGAGUUUAGAGAUGGAGAUCAGAAACCUCGAAGAUAAACUGACUGUUAACCAGAAAGCCCUGGACACCUCAAAGAGGGAACUGCACAGUCUGAAGAAAUCUUCCAGUGAGUUAGAUGGAAGCUUGAAGAGCAGCAGAGCAGAAGCCAGGACUGCUUGGAGUUCUUUAGAGGCUUUUAAAGAACAAAUUGCUACCCUGCUCAGCAGUGGAUCUGCAAUAGUUGAACCAUCUGAGAAGGCCAUUUUGGAGAGAAUUCGAGAAAUAAAUUGUAAAGAGGAGAGUAAACAAAUAAUGGUAUCUCAACUUGAAACCCAAAUCGCUAAAUUGACUGAAGCUUUGGAAAAUCAGACCAGAUUGUACCACAAAGCUCUGGAGAGGAGCAGGAAAGCUGAAAAAUGUUCUGAGAGUUUCCAGGAUCAGCUGAAACACUUGGAAGAAGAAUUACUGACUACGGAUCUGAUGCAGGAUGGUUUGAAGCUUGAGAAACAAAAAUAUCUGAAAUUUCUGGAGCAACUGAACGAGAAGAUGAAGCUGGAUAGUCUAGCAGCAGAGUUUGGAUUUGAUAUGAAUAUGGAUGCGAUUCUAGCCCGGGUAGAGCAGUUAGUGAAACUGGAAGGUGAUGCAGUGAUUGAAAACAAGACUGUGGCACACAGCCUCAGAAGGAAGUUGAAGACUCAGAAGGAAAAACUUGAAAGCAAAGAGCUUCACGUGAACCUUCUGCGGCAGAAAGUAACCCAGCUGGAAGAAGAGAAGCAAAUCAGGACUGCCUUAGCUGUGGAAAGGGAUGAGGCCAAUCUUGCUGUCAGAAAUUUACAUAAGAUGAUAGAGAGGUUACAGAAGCAGCUUGAUGUGGCAAGGGAAGUGAAUACUGAUCUCAAAGCCAAGCUGUCUGAAACCAAUGAACUUAAGAUCAAAACUUUGGAGCAGAACAGAACAAUAGAAGAACUCAAUAAGUCUCAAGGCAAAUUGGAACAAAUGAAAGAAAAAGCUGAGAAACAACUUAGAUCUGUCAAAUCAGAACUUCUUUUAAAGGAACGUAAAGCUACUGAAGAUAAAGAAAAAAACCAAAAUAUAUUAGAAGCAGUUACCAGUGAAAUGAAGGUGCUUAAAACAACCCUUGCAGAACUAGCAAAAAGAGAGAGACAGCUGGCAGAUUUCCGAGAGGUGGUCUCGCGGAUGCUGGGCCUCAACAUUGCCAGCCUGGCUCUUCCUGACUAUGAAAUCAUCACAUGUCUUGACAAGCUGAUUCACUCUUAUCAGCACCACUGCUUCCCCUGUGUCUGCCUCAAAGACGUGGCAAGGGCACCAGAGGAGCAGCAAAGAAAUGUACAGCUUCUUCACUGAAAGGAGACAGAACAAAGUAAAAUUUUCUUUUUGCUUAAGGCCUUACCUGCUACACAUCCACGGAAAAGAGACACUUAUUUCUAUUCCCUACUCUACAGACACCAACUAGGGCUGAUUUUUAGAAUUUCAAUAGGGAGACUGAGCCAAAUAGAUAGAGUAAAGCCAGGAGCCUAGAUAUGGCAAAGAGAAAAUCUCUGGGCAGCAUAAUGCUUCAGUUAUGAAAAUGAUAGGCCCUUCAGUUAUGAUCAACGAUACCCUCCAGUUUCAUUGCAGAGGCACUGAAGUCAUGGGCCACCCAAGGUCAGUUCACAGUUUUGGGAAGCACUUGAGAAGUUAGUGAAUGUCCACUUUAGUCUCAUUCCUUCUGAUUUACCUCUGGGUGUCAAGGAUAAAAUAAAGUAGGGGUUGUCCUGCUGCUGUUUCUCUUGCCAAAUGGGACCUCUCUUCGUUUUUACACGUAAAGACUUUAGCUUCAAGAUAGUUAUCUGGAAGUUAGAGGAUUAUCUCAAUUUUUGAACAUGGGAUUUUUUUUUUUUACUUCUGUUGUUUUACUUUGUCUGCGCUUGUGCCAAAACAAGGUUUUGCAGCAAAGGCUUUUUCACAGGCUCCUGUCACGUGCCUGAUGUAGAUAUAUUUGGUAAAAUUGAAUGGUGACCUUGGUCAUGAUGCCUUGAAAAUUUUUCUUCUAGCUGCUGUAUUCCUUGGGCAGUUAAUCCACAGGCCAAAUAAAUGGCGAUUGUUCUGAGUUAAGGAAAUUUUAUAAUUGUAAAAUGCUUGUCCAUUACAGAAAAUACGUGAAUUACUAAAGUCUUUAUUUUCAGAGAAGCGAUGGUGAGGUGUACAGAACUACCUCUUAGUCAUAAAAACUGCUUUCUAUCACCUUUUCUGAGUGUUGUUAAACUUUAUGAUUUUUUAAAAGAAGUAUGAACAGUAAAUCUGUUUUCAUAGCACACUCAAAUUCAUUCUGUGUUUUUAGUUUUUUGUUCCCAUUAUAUGUUUUGUAUGGAUGUGUAGAACAAUAAAGAAGACUAAUCUAUUUAUGUCUGACCAUUUGUGGGCUUUCUACAGUAUCUCAGCAAAUGAUAACCCACUCAGUAAAACUGAACACACUAUUUUAGGAAAAAUUACACUUUUUCAAAUAGGAGUGGUAAUUUUGGUAUCUGGCUACAGACUCAAAGCAUACUUUUAUUUCACUUGCUUCUGAAGAAUCAUUUCUCAAUGACGUGUUUGUAAAAUAAAUCAGUCAUUUGGGGAGAUAAACUAAAUGAUAUUUUCUUGUGCUCCUGUGGCUACCUGGAUUAAAAACAAUUUAAUUUCUUGUUUUAUCAUGUAAAGUUGUUUUGGAGGGAAUGGCUUCAAACUGAAAGAAAGCAGGUUUAGAUUAGGUGAUAGGAAGAGAUUCUUUUCUAUGAGGGUGAUGAAGCACUGGAACAAGUUGCCCAGAGAAGCUGUGAAUGUCCCAUCCCUGGAAGUGUUGAAGGUCAAGCUGGAUGGG